CACAUUUUCAUAUUUUCUCAAUCACAUUGUUGGAGUUUCUUAUUUUAUCUCUCCACAUAAAAAUAUAAUAGUCAUUUAUAAUUAUGGAUAAAUUCGUGAUUCGGCUAAACGCCACCCCCUCGACCUCAACUACUACUGCCUGUACCAGCAGCACCGUAAUUGACUCUCCUCCUCCCUCGCCAGCAGAACAACCCCCCGUGAAGAAAGCAAAACCUUACGCCAAGGUCAUCCCACCACAACGGGAAACUUCGGUUGAUUGGAGAAGCAGGGUCAUUUUGAGUGAUGACAAUGAAGUUGGAUUUCUCAACUCGCAGGAAGAGUUUGAGAAUUUGUUUAGCGAGGGUCCACCCACCCCCUCCUCAUCCGCUAUUUUGCCCAUACCGAACCGAUUCACCAAAUCUCCCCUCUUCACAGUACGAGUGACAAUUUUUAACCACCUUCAGGAGAAAUAUCCCUUGAUUGAGUUCACCUUAGAGACUGUCGAGUCAACUGCCGAGUACAAGAAUCUCAUGCAAUUGUGGAAUAAACAUUUCAAAAAAUUUGAGAAGAGUGACCCAUGGAAAGCGGCGUCUCCACCCGGUGUAACGUUUCUUCACGACAAUCAACCAGUGGGAGUGAAGUAUGUUGAUGGGAGAUUGUUUUAUAAAGUCAAGAAGGAGGGAGUGAAAUUUGUGUGGAAUACCUCUGUCGGAUCCAAAUGCAGGGUGGAAAAUUGUUCUGAGAAGACUAAUUUGGAUGGACAUUGCUACAGCCACAACAUAGUAAAAAGGGAGAUUUUGAUGAUUAGGGACGUGGCCAAUUUGGACAAGAUGAACUUGACCCUCGUUCAGCCGAACUUGAAGAAGGGAAAGUUCACUGAUCUCGGAUUAAAUUUAUGUCUACGAGGACCGCAUUACGACUGUCGGGCAAUCGGCCAAUACCUCGCAAAAUUUCCUACUGCGUGGUUUGUAAUAGAAAAACGUUGGGAAUAUCUCAACGAGGAAAGCGUGAGGAAGUUUCAAAGUUUAGGGAUUCUAAUGUCUAUCAUGGUGUCAUUUCACAACUCUGUCGCUGCAAAACCAUCAGAGCAGAUCAAGUUCAUAAAUUGUGAGAUCUACACAAAGUCUGCAGACUUGGAUGACGUGAACAAAACUUUGGCGUUAAACAACAUGGGUUUCGAAAUUAGGGAUGACAACAACUCCCUUAAGUUUGAAAAUUCACCUUUUGUUCCCACAAAUUUCAACCGCAAGCUCCCUUACGUGUAUGUGGGGGAUAAUAAACAGGGUGGUUAUCGAUUCGGGGAAGAUCGUUCAGAGACCUGUCGGUCUGUUGUUAAAGGAUCCUAUAGUCACCAAAGCGCUAAAUCCACCACCAUGGCGGGGAUCGACCCCGAGAACAGACACAAUGUGUUUCAAGCCGACCCACCACGUUUACAGCAGAAGAGAGUUUGAAAAAGUCGCUGGAAGUGGAGACGUUAGGCCACAAGGGGGUUCUCGUCGCUAACAUGUUGGGAAUGAAGACAGUCGGUGGUCAGGAUGUUUACAAUCUAGCUGAAAAAUUUGCCCAUUUCGAUCAUGGCUGGGAUGAGGAUAUUUUUAAAGAUUUUAUUGUUAUGAUGACGGGUAAAGGGAUUGUUGUAAAGAAAGAUAAGCUCAAAACUGUUCCGACAGAGGUGGAUUUCAUGGUUCCGAUAUUUAAGACUGUAGGGGCUGGGGAGAAGAAGCGACAGGUUUUAGAUACCGAUAAGAUGAAAAAGGAGGGUGUUCAGAAGAAGGUUUACGAGAAACUUAUUAUUAAUUGGAUUUAAGAGCAUUCGUUAAACUAUGUGAUGUUAAACUAUUAUAUUAUAAAUGAAUUUGUUGGUGGAUGUCAUCUAAGUUAUCUAAGUUGAUGGAUGUUAUUUUCACAUCCAUCCGUGGUUUCAAUGGUAUUUUUAUGGGUUUUAUGGGUUUCAUUGGGUUUUUAUGAAAUAAAGUAAACAAAAAAUUGCAGAUAUAAAAAAUAUAA